AUGGGUAAUGGGACAAUCCAGCCGAAGCAUUGGCGAGGAGUUCGGCAAAAAAUGAGCAUUCCACCCGGUGCCGAGACUAGAAGGCCGAGGCCUCUCGUGAUACCAAUUAAAUGGUACCCCUCGGACCAGCCCUGGAUCAAAGUGAACACGGAUGGGGCAUAUACUGAGACAAGUAGAAAAGCGGGUGGAGGAGGGGUCGUGCGAGAUGCAUCGGGCAAGUUGCUUAUAGCGUUCGCAACUCCCCUUCAAGCAAAGUCCGCCCUUGAAGCGGAACUCAUGGCGAUGUUUCAUGGUUUGGAACUGGCUAAGGAAUUCGGGAAACCCGUCUGGAUUGAGUCGGACUCUGAGCAGGUGGUCAAGUUGGCGAUGGGCAAAAAAUGGGGGCCGGCGCAUGUUCACCAAGCCGUGGCGCAGUUGGUGGUCGCUAGGCGGCAUCACAAUUCCCGCGUAACAUUCAUCUCCCAGGAAGGAAACAAGGCGGCCGACCUUUUUGCUAAGGAGGGCCUUGAGCGCGAAGCCUUUUGA